CAGUACUACUCUGUCCCCUUUUUCAACAAGGAUAAGGGAGACGAGGAGAGCGUCCUCUUUAUCCAGAAGGACUGGCUAGAUAAGCUUAAGGAGAAGAAGACGGCUGGUGAAGACUUCACCUUUGUUGUCGACGAAACUUUCCAGUACGGCCAGGAUAAAGAAAAGACUCAGCGUUGGCUGGUAUUCCACGAUAAGAACAGAACGCCUUACCAGUGGCGAUUCGUUGCAAGUAUUAAACAGAAACUUGGUAGUGUACUUGCUGGUUUUGCUGGCGGAAUCUUUAACAAGUAUCUGCCAAUUGAUAUUGGCAAUAUUGGGGUUUACUUUGGUGACCCACUCCGCAACUUUUGA